AUGGAAGAGUAAUUCCACGGGAGAUUAAAAAGAAGGCGGAUAAGAUUGAUGGCGAGGCUGGAGGUGAUGGAGAAAAGAAGGGGAAAAAGAAGACGAAAAAGAGGGCGGAGGAGAAGGAGAAAGAAAAAGAGAAAAAAGAGGAGGAGGAGGAAGAAGAGGAGGAUGAGGAGGAGAAGGUGAUCUUCGUCCACUACGAGCAGAGGAAGGUGAUGCUGUCGCAGCUUCACCCCAUCGAGAACGGCCUUUCAGACCCAAAAACGGACCCAACCUCUGAGCUGAGACAGAUGUUCCGCUCGGUGGCCCUCAGCCAGCCUCUGUUCUUCCUGGACCGAUACGACGACGGGCCCCUGAAGUCCACACACUGGCAGUCUGAGGGUCGAGAGGCCAGCAUCAUCGUGGAGCUGCUGAAACACUCCACCCUGCCGCUCUGCGUGCUGAUUCGCUGGCUGCUCAGCAUCUGGACCUGGAUCUGUGACAUCCGGUGAGAGGGGGGGAGGAGGCAAUGUG